ACAAGAAGAAGAAGAAGAAGAAGAAGAAGAAGAACCACAGUGAUUUUCAGGGCGUCUCAGCACCGGAAGGAAAAACCACGGCGAGAGACUGUAAUGGAAGCUCCUUCAACUCGGCUCCCUAUCUUCUUUAUCUUUCUCUUACUCUCAGUUUCAUCUCCCAUUUUCAUUCAAAAAUCUCUAGCUGAUGGCGUCACUCCCGACGAAGCCAAACAGCUCAGAGAUGAGGUACGUGAAAUGUUUUAUCAUGCUUUCAAUGGAUACAUGAAGCAUGCUUUUCCUCUCGACGAAUUAAGACCUCUGUCGUGUGAAGGAGAAGAUUCACUUGGUGGUUAUGCUUUGACUUUGAUUGAUUCAUUGGAUACACUGGCCCUGCUUGGUGAUCGGGAACAAUUUGCUGCAUCUGUUGAAUGGAUUGGUAAAAAUCUUCGGUUCGAUAUAAAUAAAACAGUAUCUAUCUUUGAGACGACAAUUCGAGUUCUUGGAGGUUUACUUUCAGCUCAUCUUAUUGCAAGUGACCACACUACGGGUAUGAAAGUUGCAUCCUAUGAGAAUCAACUGCUUGACUUAGCAGAGGAUCUGGCUCGAAGAUUACUGCCUGCAUUUGACACUCCUACAGGAAUUCCAUUUGGAUCAGUUAACCUAUUGUAUGGAGUUGAUGAACAUGAAAGCAAGAUAACGUCAACAGCCGGUGGUGGGACCUUAACUUUGGAAUUUGGUGUUCUUAGCCGUUUGACGGAUGAUCCAAUUUUUGAACAAGUAACAAAGAACGCAGUACGUGGACUGUGGGCACGCCGUUCAAAGCUUAAUUUAGUUGGUGCACAUAUUAAUGUUUUUACAGGUGAAUGGACACAGAAGGAUGCAGGUAUUGGUACGAGCAUUGAUUCCUUCUAUGAGUAUUUACUGAAGGCUUACCUUUUGUUUGGAGACGAAGAGUACCUAUUCAUAUUUCAAGAAGCAUAUGGGGCUGCUAUGCAUUAUCUAUUUAAUGACCCUUGGUAUGUUGAGGUAAAUAUGGAUUCCGCUGCACUCGUCUGGCCAUUAUUCAACAGUUUGCAGGCAUUCUGGCCAGGGCUUCAGGUUUUGGCAGGGGACAUCGACCCUGCAAUUCGAACACAUACUGCAUUCUUUAGUGUCUGGAAGAGAUAUGGAUUUACACCUGAGGGUUUCAAUCUUGCUACACUCAGUGUCCAGCAAGGGCAGAAAAGUUAUCCACUUCGUCCAGAGUUAAUAGAGAGCACUUAUUGGCUCUACAAAGCCACGAGGAAUCCCAGGUGAGCUGAGCUAGUGUAAAGUGGUCCUGCUAAACUUUAGUAGAAGAAGGAGCGUAGUAUUUACAUAAUGCUCAUAAAGUUGUGGGCCUACUAGCUUUCUUUAAUCUCUACUUUCAUUUCUAGUGGGCGUAUAGAAAAUUGACUAAUCUAAUUUCUUUGCUUUUGAAAACAUCAAGUUAUUCGGUAGGAGAGUGCUGAGUUAUUUGUUUUUGAAAGAUGAAAAAUGCAUAUUACGAGUGCUUGAAAUCUUAAACAUCUAGGAUACGUCAAGAUUGUUGAUGUUUGUUUACCUUUCUAUGGCACCAACUUUUUUCCUCGAUUGAGUGG